UGCAAACAUGGCAGACAGAAAAUUAAUUAUCAUGGUAUAUUACAUGAUUUUCUUUGUAUCGAGUAGAGGAAUGGGACAAAGUUGUGAUGAUAAACUGUGUGACAGUGUACAUUUUCCGUUACUGGAUAACAUGAAUGCACCGUUAGUAGCCAAUCUGGAUUUUUCAAAGUUUUCUUCGCGGUUGAAAAUAUACAUCGAUGACGAAAUAAAGAAAGGAAUUGAAACUGCAGUGAAGGUUCUUGUAUCAAAUUUAACACAGGAAAAACUUGCUGAUGUUAUCAAAAGGAUGGAUAGUCAUAUGGAAGAGAAACUGAAAAUGUUAGAAGCGAGAUUGGUCAAUGAAUCAAAGAUAAUAUCAGAUAACAAGGAAGCAGUGGCACCAACAGACAUUGGAUUUCAUGCUGAGCUGUCCAACACAAUUACUUUAAGCUCCACACAAACACUGAACUUCGAACGAGUCAUUACAAACAUUGGUAAUGGGUACAACAAUCACACUGGAAUGUUCACUGCUACUGACAAUGGACUUUACUUCUUCAUGGCAUCAUUCAUACCGGAGGGUUCAAGCAGAGCACACUUAGAAAUGAUUAAAAACAGCGUCGUUAUUGCGCGUGGGAGAGCACAUGGAUCUGGAUCAAUGCAAGCAGUGGUAAAAUUAAUGACGGGCGAUGUCGUGAGAUGUCGUCACUGGUCAGGUAGUGGUACAGAAACUGUGUAUAAGAAUUUUUCCUUCUUCUCUGGAUAUCUUAUUAACUGAAGUGCAUGUAUGUCAAUAGGUGAAUAUUAUUGUAAUAAAGAAAUGUUG